UAACGGUGUGUGUAUUUUUUUGUUUUUCCUUACCUCAUAAGCCUUACUUCACUCGUUUUCUAAUGCUUAUUCGGUAAUAAAUGUGUGUUCAAAUUCACCUACAUUUAUUUGUGGAGUAGUGAAUCCAUCUUACAUGUGAUGUUAGUAACCACUAAUUUAUUUUUCUUUCAAAUUUUGCAAACAAUAUAAUCUUUAAAUAAUAUUUGCGUGCUUCAUUGUGAGUCGGAAUAGGAUGAGGAUGAAGGCUAUUGUUCCGAAUUCCGGCAUAACUCAUCUGACUUUUUUUUCCGGAAGGCAAGCGGUUCGUCAUCGUCACCUAAAAAUUAGAGUUUUAAGGGAAUACGAGGAAGCAGUUAAGGAGAAAGAUCUUUCUCGAGCUCUCCGCUACUUGAGAGAAGACUCGUCAAUCGGUACGUCGGAUUUGUCCCCAAUCGAUAGAGAGUGGCAGGUUUUAGAUACAUGCUUGAAUGCCGAUGAUUUGAGGCUUGUUGGAAGUGCUUAUGCUUUUCUCAAGGACAAAGGUCUCUUGCCGAAUUUCGCCAAAUACAAUGCUAUUGUUUUGGAAGGGCCACGCGGUGUCACACCAACUGUCUUAAAGUAUUCAACUGGUUUAGAUGUGACCAAACUUUCGCCAAAGAAGUGGGGUCUUUCUGGAACAUCUAGCUUUCUUUUGGCAACAUCCUUUGCUGGAGUCACGUUUCUGCUGAACCAAGGAAUAGAUAUUAGGCCUAACAUUGCUGCAGUUUUGGGGCUUGCCAUGCUAGAUGCUAUAUUACUUGGUGGUUCCUGCUUAGCACAAAUCUCCAGCUUCUGGCCUCCCUACAAGCGUCGAAUUUGUGUUCAUGAAGCAGGCCAUCUCCUUGUUGCAUACUUAAUGGGUUGUCCAAUCCGUGGUGUAAUUUUAGACCCAAUUGUUGCAAUGCAGAUGGGCAUUCAAGGACAGGCAGGAACACAGUUUUGGGAUGAAAAACUUGAAAAUGAGCUUGCUGUAGGCCAGUUAAGUGGUACCACAUUUGACAGGUACUGCAUGGUUCUAUUUGCUGGGAUUGCAGCUGAAGCUCUUAUUUAUGGAGAGGCUGAAGGUGGAGAAAAUGAUGAAAAUCUCUUCCGAAGCAUCAGUAUUCUUCUGGAACCCCCACUCUCUAUGGCACAGAUGUCAAAUCAAGCAAGGUGGUCGCUGUUGCAAUCUUAUAAUUUGCUGAAAUGGCACAAACAUGCACAUCGAGCUGCUGUAAAAGCUAUUGAGAAUGGAUGCAGUCUGAGCAUGGUCAUUAAAAAAAUUGAGGAAGCCAUGUCUCUGAAAAAAUAAAGCAAUAUUUUGUACUAGAAGAGGUGAUAUUUAACCCUUAUUCAUGUGCAAAGGUCAGGAUACUCAUAAAUGAAUGUAACAUUUUUUGGACAAUUAAAUGCGCGGACAUUUAGCUGUGAGUAGAUAGGAUUGGCUAAGCGUAUAUUGUACUGCUAUGAAAUGCCUCAACUGGAGCUAGCAGGAAAGGGAUUGAAGGUUCUUGGGCGCAUAAAUAUGCCUGACCUUUGAUCUUGCAGCGUGAUAGUUCCUCAAAAGGAGCAUGUUAUAUUUCUAUGAUUUUUAGAUGAGCAGCUUAGGAGCAGAAUUUUAAAAGUUUGGGAACAGAGAGAAUCCUGCAUCCUUUGAUAAAGUAAUGACCUCUUUGAACUUGUGUUUGCUGAAAAGAACAGAGGGAGGGAAGAUAUUUAUCUUUUCGACCCAAUAUACUGCUGACUCCGCAAGGCAACAGCUAAAUGAAGAGGCUGCUAGCCAAUUGGGUUCUUUCCCACCUUUUCAGCUGUGAUGAUUAUAUAAUGUAUUCUCAUAACUGAA